AGCAUUGUGUGACCGAAGCAGGCUCUGCCGGCUACAUUUCGCCGCUUCUCCACCCGGCAGCUCCUUUUCGGAUCUCACUGCAAUGGCGGAACAGCAGCAGUUCUACCUCUUGCUGGGCGACCUCAUGAGCCCUGACAACAACGCCAGGAAGCAAGCAGAGGAGACAUAUGACACAAUCCCGGGGCAGACCAAGAUCACGUUCUUGCUGCAGGCGGUCAGAGAUGCGUCAGCUGCAGAGGAGGUCAAACAGAUGGCAGCCGUGCUGCUGCGGCGGCUGUUGUCCUCGUCCUUUGAGGAGAUCUACCCAGGUCUCACCGUGGAGAUGCAGACGGCCAUCAAGACGGAGCUGCUGACCAGCAUCCAGCAGGAGACCUCGCCAAACAUCCGCAAGAAGGUCUGCGACAUUGCAGCCGAGCUGUCUCGCAACCUCAUUGAUGAUGAUGGGAAUAACCAGUGGCCAGAGCUGCUCAAGUUUCUCUUUGACUCCGUGAACUCGGACAAUGUUGGCCUGCGAGAAGCUGCCCUGCACAUAUUCUGGAACUUCCCAGGAAUCUUUGGCAACCAGCAGCAGCACUACAUGGAGGUGAUCAAGCGCAUGCUCGUGCAGUGCAUGCAGGACCAGGCAAACCCGCAGAUCCGCACCCUGGCGGCUCGGGCUGCAGCGUCCUUCGUUCUGUCCAAUGAAAGCAACACGGCUCUGCUGAAGCACUUUGCUGACCUGCUGCCGGGCAUCCUGCAGGCGGUGAAUGAGUCGUGCUACCAGAGCGACGACUCCGUGCUCAAGUCCUUGGUGGAAAUAGCAGACACGGCACCGAAAUACCUGAGGCCUCACCUGGAGCCCACGCUGCAGCUGUGUCUGAAGCUGUGCGCCGACACAAACCUGACGAACAUGCAGCGACAGUUGGCUUUGGAGGUCAUCGUCACUCUGUCGGAGACGGCGGCGGCCAUGCUGAGGAAGCACACAGCCAUCGUAGCUCAGAGCGUCCCCCAGAUGCUGGCGAUGAUGGUGGACCUUGAGGACGAUGAAGAGUGGGCAAUGGCUGACGAGCUGGAGGACGACGACUUCGACAGUAAUGCUGUGGCCGGAGAGAGCGCUCUGGACAGGAUUGCGUGCGGCCUGGGAGGGAAGAUCAUUCUUCCCAUGAUCAAACAGCACAUCAUGCAGAUGCUGCAGAACCCUGAUUGGAAGUACCGCCAUGCCGGGCUGAUGGCGCUGUCUGCCAUCGGCGAGGGCUGCCACCAGCAGAUGGAGGCCAUCCUGCAGGAGAUCGUCAGCUUCGUCCUGCUGUUCUGCUCCGACCCUCACCCAAGAGUGCGUUACGCUGCCUGCAACGCUAUCGGACAGAUGGCCACCGACUUCGCCCCGACCUUUCAAAAGAAGUUCCACGAUAAGGUGAUCUCAGCCCUGCUUCAGACCAUGGAGGACCAGAGUAACCCUCGGGUGCAGGCGCAUGCUGCCGCCGCCCUCAUCAACUUCACCGAGGACUGCCCCAAAUCGCUGCUCGUUCCAUACCUGGACAGCCUGGUGCAGCACCUGCACGUCAUCAUGGUCGCCAAGCUGCAGGAGCUGGUCCAGAAGGGCACCAAGCUGGUCCUGGAGCAGGUGGUGACGUCCAUCGCCUCGGUGGCGGACACCGCGGAGGAGAAGUUCGUGCCAUACUACGACCUCUUCAUGCCCUCUCUCAAGCACAUCGUGGAGAACGCAGUGCAGAAGGAGCUCCGGUUGCUCCGUGGCAAGACCAUCGAGUGCAUCAGUCUCAUCGGCCUGGCUGUGGGAAAGGAGAAGUUCAUGCCAGACGCUUCGGACGUCAUGAAGCUGCUCCUCAAGACCCAGACAGACUUCAGUGACCUGGAGGAUGACGAUCCUCAGAUCUCGUACAUGAUUUCCGCCUGGGCCCGCAUGUGUAAGAUCCUGGGGAAAGAGUUCCAGCAGUACCUGCCGGUGGUGAUGGGCCCGCUGCUGAAGACGGCCUCCAUCAAGCCUGAAGUGGCCCUCCUUGACACCCAGGACAUGGAGAACAUAUCGGAAGACGACGGUUGGGAGUUUGUUAACCUGGGAGACCAGCAGAGUUUCGGCAUCAAGACGGCCGGCCUGGAGGAGAAGGCCACUGCCUGCCAGAUGCUGGUUUGUUAUGCCAAAGAGCUGAAGGAAGGGUUUGUGGAGUACACAGAGCAGGUGGUGAAGUUGAUGGUUCCUCUGCUCAAGUUCUACUUCCAUGAUGGUGUGCGCGUGGCUGCAGCGGAGUCCAUGCCGCUGCUGCUGGAGUGCGCUCGGGUUCGAGGGCCCGAGUAUCUCACGCAGAUGUGGCUCUUCAUGUGCGACGCCCUCAUCAAGGCCAUCGGCACGGAGCCGGACUCGGACGUCCUGUCGGAAAUCAUGCAUUCGUUUGCGAAGUGUAUCGAGCUGAUGGGAGACGGCUGUCUGAACAAUGAGCACUUCGAGGAGCUGGGCGGCAUCCUGAAGGGAAAGCUGGAGGAGCAUUUCAAGAACCAGGAGCUCAGACAGGCCAAGAGACAGGAUGAAGACUACGACGAGCAGGUCGAGGAGAGUCUACAAGACGAGGACGAGAACGACGUGUACAUCCUGACCAAAGUCUCCGACAUCCUGCACUCGGUGUUCAGCAGUUACAAAGAGAAGGUCCUGCCGUGGUUCGAGCAGCUGCUGCAGCUCAUCGUCCAGCUCAUAUGUCCCAACAGGCCGUGGGCGGACAGACAGUGGGGUCUGUGCAUCUUCGACGACGUGGUGGAGCACUGCAGCCCCUCCUCCUUCAAAUACGCCGAGUACUUCCUGCGGCCCAUGCUGCAGUCACUGUGCGACACCAGCCCCGAGGUCCGGCAGGCGGCCGCCUACGGCGUCGGCGUCAUGGCUCAGUUUGGAGGAGAGAGCUACCGCCCGUUCUGCACAGAGGCCCUCCCGCUGCUGGUCAGAGUCAUCCAGGCCGCCGACUCCCGCUCCAAGGAAAACGUCAACGCCACGGAAAACUGCAUCUCCGCUGUGGGGAAGGUCAUGAGGUUCCGGCCGGAGUGCGUCAACGUCAGCGAGAUCCUUCCUCACUGGCUCACCUGGCUGCCGCUCAACGAGGACAAGGAGGAGGCCGUCCACACGUUCGACUUUCUGUGCGACCUCAUUGAGAGCAACAAUCCCAUCGUCCUCGGCCCGGACAACUCCAACCUUCCCAGGAUCUUCCUCAUCAUAGCAGACGGCGUGGCGAACGAGUCGGUCAAGAGUGAAGACGCCUGCAGCAAGCGGCUCGCGAACGUCAUCCGUCAAGUGCAGGGGUCGGUGGGACUGUGGACGCAGUGCAUGUCGACGCUGAACGUGGCGCAGCAGAAAGCCAUACAGGAUCUACUGAACACCGCCUGAGUCUGCACCCCCGGUCACCUCCCCGCUCUUACAAAAAAAAAACAAAAGAAGCCUGUGAAGAAAAAAAGUCGAGGUCCUGAAGACUUUCACCCCGUAUCUGAGGAAGUGGGAAUCAGAGUUGUCCCUGUCCGGUUGCUCCACUUCCUCAGCCCAGACGCUCCCAGUCAUUCCCCGACCUGUGACUCGUCUCGCCGUCGCCCAGAGGGAUUCAUUCACCAAGUCGCCCAACAUGUACUCAUUGGACAGUCAGGCUCAGAGGGGCCAUCGUGGGGGAAGUGGGGACAGGACAUUCUAGAGGACUGAGCAAUUGAAAGAGGUAGAAAUGUGCACUCUGGGCAAUCACUGCCUGUGUCCUGUGAAUUUUCCUUUUUUUUUUUUUUUUGUAUUUUUAUUUUCUUGUUCCAUGUCCCCAGUCUGCCCUGGGGGGGGGGAUUCCCUCUGUCUGCCUUAGCUCAGAGGGUGUAUUUCGAAGUAAUGGCAUGUUCGUUAAGUGGCUAACUCUAGAAAAAAAAAAAAAAAAAAAACACAUAGCUAGGAAUAAAAUGUCCAUCAUCGCUGUCAGGGAGAGG